AUGUCGACUGCGGUCUCAGGAUCAACCGCUAUUGAACCAAAGCGGUUAUCGCACUUCCGGAAGCGGCUCAUUAUCCUCUGUGAUGGGACAGGGCAAGACUCCACAGCCAAUGAUCUCAAGUAUCCCACGAAUGUGACUCGCUUCGCCCGCGCCAUCAGCCCAUGGACUGAAGUUGAAACCGCGGGUGAAGGGAAGGUGCAAGUAGAGCAGAUUGUAUACUACCAGAAGGGUGUAGGGACGAACUCAAAGCUAGACUGGGGUUUGGGAGGCGCAACUGGAGCUGGCGUUGCAGCAAACAUCCGUGCCGCCUACGGCUUUCUCGCGCAUAACUACGACCCAGAUGACGAAAUCUAUUUCUUUGGAUAUAGUCGCGGCGCUUACACUGCCCGUGCUAUUGCAGGCAUGGUCACGGAGGUCGGAUUGCUUACCAAGCGCGGCAUGGAUGCUUUUCCGACGCUGUAUGAGGCACAUCAUAAGCGGCGCCUCAGUGGUAGCAAGAAGGGUACCAGCAACGAUUCGCCUAUCGAGGGGAUCGACUCCAAUUGGUAUCAUAAGGGCGCCGAGGAUUCCGUUCGGAUUAUCGGUGUGUGGGAUACAGUUGCGUUCCACAAGCCGGAAGUGGGAGAGCUCCUCGGUUACGAUGUUGAAGAUUUCGAGUUCGAGAACUUGGAGCUCUCACCGAAGAUUCAGUACGGUUUCCAUGCACUUGCGUUGGACGAGCGGCGGACGGUGUUCUCGCCAACUCUGUGGGGAUUGUCUCCGCAAGACAGCCGCACUGACAGAAUGAAACAGGUCUGGUUCAGCGGCCGACAUUCUGACAUUGGUGGAGGGGGUUCUGAUCCUCGUCUUUCGGACAUCACUCUCGCUUGGAUGAUUGCGGAGUGCGAGAAGACGAAGCUACUGAGCUUCGAUCAUAGUUACUGCGUCUCUGACUAUGAGAAGCUUGACCCUAACGAAUCUGAACCGUGGAAUACAACACUCGGAACCACCGAGGAUCCUGGGACGAGGGAUUUGCUCGACUUGGUGUAUCACUGGGCCGACGUCAUUCCUUUCAUGAACACGGUGGAUGACCGGCGACCAAUGUCUUUGGAUGGGACCACUAACGAGCAGAUCCACAAAUCUAUUGUUGAUCGCAAGCUUGCGCAGAAUUUGGACGGGGAAGACUGCGUUAUUUAUCCAUGCAAGCUGUUGACUGGUACUCAUGACGCGACAGGCUGGCAGCUACAGUGGGAUGCUGGGAAGUAUCUAAUGGAAGCAGAGAUCCAAGAUGUUGAGAUGAAGUACAAGGGAAGAGUAAGAAAUGCGAAGAGCAGCGGCUGA